GAAAGCGAAAGCAACGCCAAAAAGCUUAAAUAUAUGUACGACAUUUCAACAUCAGCUGGAGGCAAGGGCUUUUUGGAUCAGUUGGAUUAGAUUGUGGAGAGCGUCCGGAAAAUAACACCACCACCAAGUUCGAUCCGGGUUGGAUCGCCCAGUGCUUGGCGAUAUAAAAGUUGUAACAGAAGCGGCAGCCAAUCGAGUGCUCGGGGCCACACUAUGCAGCAGCUGAUUAAAGUGGUGCGGUCGCUAGGUCAAUGCUCGGCGAGCGGCGCAUGGAACUUGAACCGCAUUGGAGGAGUGGGUGGCCAGAGGAGCAUUGCCUGCCUGGCAUCUCUAUCUGAGACCCAUCAGAUUUUGCAGAGGACGUGCCGGGAGUUCGCCAAUGCGGAACUGGCACCUAAGGCUCGCCACCACGAUCGUGAGGAGCUCUUUCCAGCAGAGCAGGUUCGGCGUCUGGGAGAGCUCGGUCUGCUUUCCGUGGCUGUGAGGGAGGAGUAUGGUGGAUCCGGAUUGGACUACCAAGCGUACGCCAUCGGUAUGGAGGAAGUGGCACGGGGUGAUGCCGCAGUGGCCAUCGUGAUGGGCGUGAAUAACCUGUUCCUGGGUGCAGUGCAGCAACACGGAAGCGAAGAGCAAAAACGUGACUUUCUGAUUCCAUACACGCAGGGCGCCAAUAUUGCCUUUUACGCGCUUUCGGAGCCUGGAAAUGGAUCGGAUGCAGGCGCUGCCAGCACCACAGCCAAGUUGGAGGGGGACAGUUACCUCCUCAACGGCACCAAAGCCUGGAUCUCGAACUCAAAGGAGGCCAGCGGAGGCCUGGUCUUUGCAACUGUCGAUAAAUCACUGAAGCACAAGGGUAUCACUGCCUUUCUCACGGAAAAGGAUGUUCCAGGACUUUCCAUAGCCAAGAAAGAGAGUAAGAUGGGCAUGAGGGCCACCUCCACCUGUCAGCUGGUCCUUGAGGAUGUCCAAGUUCCGCGUUCCCGUGUUUUGGGCAACCCCGGCGAUGGCUUCAAAAUUGCCAUGCAAUCUCUGGAUUGUGGGAGGAUUGGAAUCGCCGCCCAGGCCACAGGAAUCGCCCAGGCGGCUCUCGAGUUGGCCGUAGACUACUCCCAGAAGCGGAUAGCCUUCGGAAAGCAGUUGGCCCGGAUGCAGCUCAUUCAGCAGAAACUGGCGGACAUGGCUAGUAGGGUGGAGGCUUCUCGACUUCUCACGUGGCGCGCCGCCUGGCUGAAGGACAACGGAUUGCCCUUUACCAAGGAGGCAGCGAUGGCCAAACUUCACGCCUCUGAGGCGGCCACCUACUGCAGUCAUCAGUGCAUCCAGGUGCUGGGCGGGAUGGGCUACACCACUGAUCUUCCCGCUGAGCUCUACUACCGUAAUUCCCGGGUAACUGAGAUCUACGAGGGAACCUCAGAGAUUCAACGCAUAGUAAUUGCUAAUGCAGUGCUCCGGGAGCUGGGUAGCGAGUGAUGCUUAUCCAGGUACAUGUUAAAAGGAGGUAGCUUCACUUUUCAAGCCUUUUAGCCAGAUAUUGCAUUUAAAAAUCGUAAAAGACUUUGUUGAAGUCAUAGCUUAUUACUUAUUAAUUUUAAAUAAAUUACAAAAAAAUGACCAAGAAUAAGAUUCAUUGACUGAAAAUACGUUCUUCAAUAAAAUUAAAAUUUGUA